UGCGAGUGAGACGGAGAAAAGGGCGAGAAACAGACCAAAAAAGCGGGGGAAUGGGAUGUAAGAGGGGAAGAAAGUGAUUCUGAAACGGUUCAAUUGUUAAGAUGUGUAGAGAUUUAUUAUCUGUAAAAUUGAUUUUGAAUCAAAUUGAAAUUAUAGCUUUUGCUCCAUUUAAUACAUUUUUCUGAAGUUAAGCCUUUAUUUAGACUUUACAUUUUAGUUGAAAACCUCUGCAAUAGACUGUAAAGAGGGAGACGAGUGCGCAGGGACCGCCCCACAUUGCUUACAGCGUCUCCUUCAGAGUGAUCGUGAAGUGAAGUGUGUCUACUCUGUUGGACUUUGCUUGAUCCCUCGCACCAUAAUGUCCUCUGAAGCGCUGUGCUUGGACUAUCGAGGACUCAGAGUUCCCAAGGAGACUCAUAGCGCAGAGAGCUUGGAGUUUGCGCAGGAAUUCAAGUUUAAAGACGAUGACGUCGUGGCUGUCACGUACCCGAAGUCAGGUACAGUCUGGAUGCAGGAGAUUCUGCCACUGGUGCUUAAUGGUGGCGACCUGGAGCCAAUCCAAACCAUUCCAAACUGGGACAGGGUGCCUUGGCUGGAGGAGAAAAGAUUGUCCAUUGUUGUGGAUCAAUUGAAAUCUCCGCGAGCACUAGUCACUCAUUUUCCUUAUCACCUCAUGCCUGCAUCCUUUCACACCUCCAAAGCCAAGGUGAUCUAUGUUGUCAGGAAUCCAAAGGAUGUCCUGGUGUCUUCAUACUACUUCCACCAGAUGGCAGCAUUCCUCGAGGAUCCAGGAACUUUUGAUGAGUUCAUGGAGAAAUUCCUGCAUGGCAGAGUGAUGUUUGGAAAAUGGACGGACCAUGUGAAGAGCUGGAGACACAAAGAGCUGACAGACAGAAUCAUGUACAUCUCAUAUGAGGAAAUGGUUCAGGACCUGCCUGCGUCUCUCAGGCGUUUAUCUGGUUUCCUGGGCACUAACCUGAGUGAAGACACCAUUCAGAAGAUCGCAGAGCAUUGCACCUUCAAGACCAUGAAGACCAACAUCAUGUCCAACUUCAGCCUGGUCCCAAAGCAAUACAUGGACUCUGACAUAUCUCCAUUCUUCAGGAAAGGUAUUGCUGGAGACUGGAAAAAACAUUUCAGCUCAGAGCAGCUGGCCCGGUUCACAUCAGUCAUUUGCAAAGAGAUGGAGGGUGAGAGCUUCUCUCUGCCGUGGAGUCUGGACUGAGACUGAGAGACGCAGAGGGAGAAAGAGCCAUGUCCAAUACAUAUUUGUAAGAGUAGGAAACUGGUGCUAAUUGGGCCAAAUAUUUUCAAACUUAGGCAGACAGUAAAACUCACUUCAAUGAUGUUUGUACUCUAGUCAUCACCCAGCUUCUCAAACAGGAUUUAAAAGAGCUGCAGAGCCUGUUACUUGGAGAGACCUCCACCACAUUUAAAUAUAUGUCAACUGUUUUAUUGGGUGUGAAAUGUAACAUUUUCCAGGUUAAUAACACAAUUGUUUUGCUUGCCCUGGAUGAGAAUUUAUAUUAAACCGCCAACAAUUUAAUGCUGCUUUAACAGUGAUCAUUUGCAUUCUCCAAUCUGUAAAUAAGCUGGUUAAUGAGCUAUUUUGUUAUAUUUCUGCUUCUUAAUUUUGUUAAAACUAACAACACAACUAUUGUUGACUCCUUGCUAGUUUGCAAAAUGUGACUAUGUUAUGUUAUGCAUGUUUAAGGUACCCGGAGCUCAGCCUGUAGAAACUUUUAAUACACUUUCAUUAAAUUAUCAUGGCUGACAUGAAUUUCUA